AUGAAUGUGACAUGUCAUGCUUGUAUUGGUGGUGUGAAUCAUCAUGAGGAUAUGAGACGUCUUGAAGCAGGUGCCCAAGUUGUUGUUGGUACACCUGGUCGGACCUAUGAUAUGUUAAAGAGAUGAGCACUUCGUACGUGAUUUAUGUCUUGUAUGUGUCUCAUUUUUAUCCUCCUUCAUGUCGUAGGUAGUAAAAACAUCAAAAUGUACGUAUUGGAUGAAGCUGAUGAGCUUUUAUCUCGUGGCUUCAACGCGCAAAUUUAUGACGUAUUUACGGCGAUGCCAGAAAAUGUUCAGGUGAUUGUUGUAUCGAUUACGAUACCCUGCGAAUUACUCGAAAUCACAGCGUAACCUUUAAGAAUGAAUAUUUAUUGAACAAAUUUCAGUUUUAGAGAAAUGACAGAAAACGAACCCGAAAUACAUGGUUUAAGAGCACGUUGUUGAAAAUCCGAAGGACGUUCGAGACCAUAGCCAUAGAUGCCACGUAAAAGUGGUUCUCGCAAGUUCACCUGAUCGAAGUGCUCGACUACUUCUGUUAAGCAACUUAGGGUGGUUUCGUCUCUCGACAAAGAUGGUUUGAUCUCAUUACGUUCCCGCGAAAGGACGUCUGUCCUCUCAUUCUGGUGACUAUCAUUCCUAAAAACAAAUAUCAACUAUUCAAUACGUGAGUCUUUCGAAAAUCAAUCUGCUCGUGAGGUGACUAUAAUGACUCAUCCGUUAUUAGGUGCGCCUUAGAAAUAUUCAUCGAAGAUCUACGAAUCUGUACAAGAUUUAGACUUAUACCUUUGAUCAAGCAAGAGUUAUAGGUGCCU